UCUCACUCUUUUCACAACCGUGGACUGAUACAGUUGUUACUUUGCAACAUUUAAUGGUCUUGAAAACGUUUCGCAUGUCUUUAUAACUCAUACCUCCCGGUCUGUGUGUAUAAACCGCAGGCAUUAAAAGACGUCCUGGAAGUUUUGGUGAUGCACUAAAUGCCAUCUUACGCAGCAGGGGACGUUUCCUCUGGUUUCUCCCAGCAUGCAACUCCACCUUGGUCUGUUUCACUUUCACUCUUGAAUUAUUGGUGCGAAACCUGCGUGCAGAAGACGACACGGUGAGAACACUUCCUGCUUUCAUUGACACCAUGUUAGCAGCUCCUCUCCUGCUGCUGCUGCUCUUCGUCCCCGUUCGUCCCUCAUCAGCAGCGCAGCUACCAAAUCAAGGCCAAGCCAAGGAUGUCCCCAUCGCCACCAACGGCCAGCCGUUCCCCUGGGACCGCAUGAGACUUCCUAAAACCGUCUACCCCCUCCACUACGACCUGACCAUCCACCCCAACCUGACCACCCUCGACUUCACCGGCGUCGCUCGCAUCCUGCUGGACGUGCAUGAAGACACCAGCAUGGUCGUCCUGCACGCAAAGCAGAUGCAGGUAUCCAAUGUGCUGCUCCUCGCACCCGAAGGUGUGAGGCCUCUCCGGGUUUUGGAGUAUCCUCCUUUCCACCAGCUCGCCCUGCUGUCAGACUCGGUGCUCACCAAAGGUAGGAGGUAUGAGGUUCAGCUGGAGUUCGCUGCCAACUUGUCUGACAGCUUCCACGGUUUCUACAAGAGCAGCUACCGCACCAAGAAUGGGGAGGUCCGGGUUUUGGCAUCUACGCAGUUUGAAGCCACCUUUGCUCGUGGAGCCUUCCCGUGUUUUGAUGAGCCUGCCUUCAAAGCCAACUUCACCAUACGGAUUAUACGAGAGCCACGCCACAUAUCCAUAUCCAACAUGCCUAAGUUAAAAACCGUGGAGUUGCCCGGCGAUUUGCUUGAGGAUCACUUCGACACCACUGUAAAAAUGAGCACUUACCUGGUGGCCUACAUUGUGUCUGACUUCCUGUCUGUGAGCAAGACCACCCAGCACGGUGUCAAGAUUUCAGUCUACGCUGUACCUGAGAAGAUCGACCAGACAGCCUUCGCACUGGAUGCUGCUGUCAAGCUGUUGGACUUCUACGAUGACUAUUUUGAUAUUCCUUACCCGCUUCCCAAACAGGACCUGGCUGCUAUUCCUGACUUCCAGUCAGGAGCGAUGGAGAACUGGGGGCUGACCACCUACAGAGAGACGGGCCUCCUCUUCGACCCUAACAAGUCCUCCGCUUCAGACAAACUGGGUCUCGUCAAGGUCAUCGCCCACGAGCUCGCACACCAGUGGUUUGGGAACCUGGUGACGAUGGAAUGGUGGAACGACCUGUGGCUCAAUGAGGGUUUUGCCAAGUUUAUGGAGUAUAUUUCCCUCGACAUCACCUACCCAGAGCUGCAAGUGGAUGACUUCUUCUUGGGUAAAUGUUUUGAGGCCAUGGAGGUAGACUCCCUCAGCUCCUCUCACCCAGUCUCUACCCACGUGGAAAACCCCACACAGAUCCAGGAGAUGUUUGACGACGUAUCAUAUGACAAGGGAGCAUGUAUUCUGAAUAUGCUGCGGGACUUCCUGACUCCUGAAGCCUUUGAGAUUGGCAUCAUCCGAUACCUCAAGCGCUACAGCUACCAAAACACUGUCAACAGCCACCUAUGGGAGAGCCUGACUAAUAUCUGCAACUCAGACGAUCUGGAUGAGGGCCGAAUCAAACACAAAGAGUUCUGCUCCAAGCAAAGCAUCCAGUCUGGAGCCUCUAAAUGGUUCUCUGGUGAUGAGCUGGAUGUCAGAGCCAUCAUGGACACCUGGACACUGCAGGAGGGCUUCCCUCUGGUCACUGUGGAAGUCAGAGGUCGCGAGGUCAGGCUCAGUCAGGAGCGUUACUUGAAGACAGACGACCCCUCCCUCACUGAAGGAUUCCUGUGGCAGAUCCCACUGACCUACAUGACCAGUGCCUCAAACACCAUCCACCGCUUCCUGCUGAAGACAAAGACUGACGUCCUGUACCUGCCGGAGAAGGUGGACUGGGUGAAGUUCAACGUGGACAUGAGCGGAUACUACAUGGUCCACUACGCAGGCGAGGGCUGGAACUCGAUUAUCAAACUGCUGCAACACAACCACACAGCCCUGACCAGCAACGACCGCGCCAGCCUCAUCCAAAACGUCUUCCAGCUGGUCAGUGUAGGAAAGGUGAGGCUGGACACGGCUCUGGAGCUGUCUCUGUACCUGUCCAGAGAGACUGAGAUCAUGGCUGUGACGCAGGGCUUCGGAGAGCUCGUACCUCUCUAUAAACUGAUGGAGAAGAGGGACAUGGCUGCUCUGGAGAACCAGAUGAAGGGCUACAUUGUGGAUCUGUUCCGAGGGCUGAUUGAUCGGCAGGAGUGGACUGACUCUGGAUCAGUGUCUGAGCGAGUGCUGAGGAGCUACCUGUUGCUGUUCGGCUGUGUCAGGAACUACCCUCCCUGUGUGACCAAAGCCACCCAGCUCUUUAACAAGUGGAGGGAAUCCGACGGCAACAUGAGCCUCCCUGUUGACGUCACCAUGGCUGUGUUUGUGAUCGGAGCUCGAACUCCAGAGGGGUGGGACUUCCUGUUUGAGAAGUACCGCAGCUCUCUGCAAAUGUCUGUGAAGAGCCGACUGAAGAGUGCAAUGGCGGUCACCCCACUGCAGGACAAGCUGAAGUGGAUGAUGGAGCAGAGCCUCCACGGUGAGGUGAUGAAGACUCAGGACCUCCCGGAUGUGAUUGUCUCUGUCAGCAGGAACCCCCGUGGCUACAAACUGGCCUGGGACUUCUUCCGAGCAAACUGGCACACCCUGAUCAAGAAAUUUGACUUGGGCUCUCACACCAUAUCAUACAUGGUGACUGGGGUAACCAGCCAGUAUUCUACCAGGGAGAUGUUGAUUGAGGUGAGAAGCUUCUUUGGCUCCCUGACCGAGGAGACGGGCUCAGAGAUGAGGUGUAUCAGGCAGGCCUACGAGACCAUCGAGGAUAACAUCCGCUGGAUGGACACCAACCUUCCUUUGCUGCAGGGCUGGCUGGACAAACGCAGCCGCAGAGACGUGCAUGAAGACUUAUAGCUCCAGGGUAAAUAAAAAUAAAAAUAAAAAAAGUCUAGAUUGGACAGUCAUGUCGGUAAAGGAAUAAACUACAAGAGGUGUGGAUGCAAGUCACAAAACUUGGAGUCAGAUUAUGAAUCCAAAUUUGAAUGAGUUUACACUUGAGGACAAAAUUCAAACAGCCUUGCAAUUCAACUUUGAUUUUUAACACCAAUGACUCCCGAUCUAGCCUCCCAAAAUGUAGAUUGGAAAGACAAAACAAACAAAUGGAUGGAUCUUGUGUCAUCAUGCAUAUUAUUAAUCACCUCAGACUUGACUGAGCUGACUUGGGACUUAUGUGUCAACUAACGUGGUACUUAUGACUUGCAAAACAAUGACUUUGUGCCCCCUCUGUAAACUACAGCCUGAAGACUGUCCACUGGGGGUGUUUCUCAGGUUCAAAGAGAUCUAAGUAAUUAUAGAUUUCCUUAAAGAACCCCCAUAGGGUCGAGGUUUUAGGAGGUAACAUCCCUAUGAAAAAAGGGUUCUUCCUCACCGGACAUUUGUGCUCAGAGCUGUCUGUGUGUGUUGUCUUGGGUGAAGUGGGGGUGUGUGAGUUUUUACCUGAAAGUUUUAGAUGUUCAAAGAUAAGUGCAGUGUUUCCUGUGUGAUUUUUAUGAAGUAAAUGUUCAUUCUUGCUGCAUUAUCAGUGCAGCGAGUACCAGAUCACUCCUUCAUGAAAACAAAAAGAAAAAAAAUGCACCUAAUGGACUUGAAUUUUGGAUUGUUAAACCAUAAUUGAUCUAAAUAUGUUUAAUUUAAAGAUCACACUGCUGUGAGUUUAGAUGGGACACCAUUUUUGCAGCUUUUGCUAGCUUGCUUUUCCAAUAUUGGGAACAUGAAUAUAAAUUCUGACACCACUGGUCCUUCUUGGUAGCAUUUUUAACUUUACUGAAAUUCUCAUAUAGAAGAAUGUGAAAGAACUUAGAAAGUGCACUAUUAGGAGUGUGUUGUUACAAAAACAUGUUCAUCUUAUUCAACACAGCAGUGUUUUAUGCUACUGUAAAAUCCCUCUUCUGUAGGACAGGAUUCAUAGUAAUUCUGUAAUUUUCUAAGGAGAAUAUUGUGUUGAAUUAAAUAUUGGACCAAUAAAGUUAAUUUGACGUGA